AUGUCGCGUUCCGACACCGAAGAGUAUAACCUCCUGACUCAGAAGGGGAGUUCCCCUAACUACGCGAAACAAAAGAGGCCUUAUAAACAUAUCCGCAAUGAACUUUAUAUCACUAAGACGUUGUAUGACCCAAUGGAUACGAUCAGCAAGAAUCGCCGAAGGAAAAUCUUGGCAGAUAGGUCGGACGGGUUUUGCUUAAAUGUCCCAUAUUCUAUGAAUAAAAAGGAGAGAUGGGAGAAAAUUGAUGGUACCACCGUUCUUAAAAAUCGACAACAGCCCGCAGCGGAUGCUCUCGAAACCCUCGUAGUGAAUAGAGUGGAUGUGCCCUUUUCUGACGACGGUCACGGUAAUACGGUCAAAAGCAUCAAACUGAUCCAGAAUGAUGGCAUAUCUACAUUGGCCAGUGGAGGGAGAAGGAAGACGCUCAGCCAAUUCAAUAAUCAAAUCAGGGAUCUAAGGCAUAUGGACAAAAAAGAAGUGGAUCCAGCAAAACUCCUGUUCAAUUUUUGUACCGCUAAUCAAUAUCAUGCACAGCAAACGAAAAGAAAGUCGAAACAAAAAAAGCGGCGGAGAGCUUUCCAAAAGAGUUCUUGGAGCGAUUACGGUGUUUACGAGGAGCUAGAAAGUCUUGACUGUGAAGUAUAUGCAAGUGAAGAAGAGCAUUCUGUUAACGAACGUGAUUCCCUUUCCUUCGAUAACAAAUAUAGUGAAUCUUCACUUGGGAGUUUUAGUGAUCUUGGUCUUGACGAAUAUUUAACAUUAGCAAAGCAAGAAGCAGUUCAACCUAAUGAAAUCUGCGCACAAUCCCUCUGCAAAGCAAAAGACACGAGCGUUCCUUCACAAAAGGCGUCUACUACAUUAGAUUCUAAAGACAAUCCCGCUGGAACCAUUUUUGAAGUAAUUGAGAAUCCACUGAAACACUUUAAACCUUUCAGCAUAGAAGAAAAUAUUUUGCCGUUCAUACGAAAGGAGCUUCUCAAGAAAUGGUUGGACCCCAAAAGGCUUUUUGUUUGUAGCCUUGAACUCUCACAUCCAAAGUUUGUGAUAUUUUUCGAGGAAGAUAGCAGCCAGGAUUUACUAAGGGUAAGAGUUAGCACAGACACACCGUAUACACCAGCAGCAAGCAGAAGCCGUCUAAUAGACAUUGUGAAAACAAAAAGGAGGAGGAACCUUUGUUCACUUUUUAAGGACUUGUACGAUUUUAUCGCUGAGACAAAGCUGGAGUGGAAAGUUGAGAUUUACAAUAAUUAUGAUUGGAAUUGUCGGCUUAUCACAUAUCCGGAAGGCUAUCGAUGCCGCGUUAACAGCAAAACGAUAGCGCCCAUUGCUGCGAGCAGUUUUGAGUUUGAGCAAAUCAACCUACUUAAGAAGUUCUAUGAUCAAAUAAACACAAAAUCGGAUCAUUCAAUUACAGAUUGUAACUCGGUUACCGUUCUGAGAUGCUGCUGCUACCGAAGGGAAGGUAAAAGUGAUCUCUUUUAUCUCUCGAAAAGAAUGAUGUGCCGCCAAUGUGUGUCUACUUCGAUCAUUAAUCAGCUCAAUAGGAAAAAGUUUCCCGUUGAAAUUCCGAAAUUUGCUCCUUCUUCUCCUUGUCAACUGGAAGUUCUAUAUGCGAUUUUGCCUAUACCCACGGUCGCUUCACUGCUGAAAGAAUCGUUAGCCUUUCAAGCUAGACCUCGAUUUGAGAUGCGAUUUAUUAUUUGCCCUAAUUGUAUAAAGCCACAUGAGUUUUGCCCAAUGCCUCUUGCUACUACCGAAAGCUGUGUGUUCAAUAGUUGCUCAUGCUCAAAGUGUCACUAUGCUUUUUGCUAUCUUUGCGAAUGGGAGCCACACUGGCCCAUGAGCUGCGAGCAAUUUGAGCGAUGGUCUUCAAAAUGGGACACUCAGCAUGUUUACGAGGAUUACCAUAUAGAUGGUGAACAAGUGCGACUAUGCUGUGUUUGCGAAGAGAUCUACACUGUGCCAAAAAGGGCGAUAGGUAGAAGCUGUCCCAGGGACUGUUAUAAACAUCAGUGGAGGCCACCAUUCGCGCAGUUGCAUGACCACACCUCUGAUACUGAUUAUAAUUGGUCUUCUUUAUCCAUAAGAUCGUAUAAGCAUCUAAAUGCUCUGGGUAUAAAAAUAGAAAACUGCAAAAUUUGUGGUCAUGAAAUCUUGCCAGAAUCAGUUGAGAUUAAACCAGUUAUGAAUAGAAAGGUUGCCGAGAUAUGCGCAUAUGCGAGGAGGCAGAGAUUUUUGCAAAACAGCGACUUCGAGAAAUUUGUUAUGUCUUCCGUCACAAAAAACAAGGAGAAGUUCAAGGAUCUGAGAAAAACGGUACUUUAUCUUAUUGAAUUCUGUACUGGUUGGAUUUAUGUAGCUAAACCCCCUAAUUGGAGGCACUUAAGUUUGAAGAUAUCAAACCUCAAUAAUAGUCUCCAGUUUAUCGAGCAGCAACUUCCUUUGCCAAGGGAAGAUUUUGUCAAGCAAGUGGGUAAACUCGAAGAGGAGACCAAAAACCUUAUCAAACUUGUUCGGAGAAGUUUGAACCAAAGGCAGGUCUGA